CUAGCCGCGCGGUGGUAGGUAGCCAGGCAGGAGUGUGUCCAUACACAUAAAUACACAGGCAUGCUGACCAAGCUGAACCAGGAAAGUUCACAGUCCACCGGAGCUCCCGUACCUACCACCACUCCCACUCCGGGCGAGAAGAGCCCAAGAGUCAGGCAUGGACACGGCCGCCUUGCUCCCGGUGGCGCUGGCCCUCAUGGCCAUCCCCGUCACGGCGCUCCUCCUCAGCCGGCUCCGCUUCGGCAGGCUGCCACCGGGGCCGCGCCCGUGGCCGGUGCUGGGCAACCUCUUCCAAAUCCAGCCCGUGCGCUGCCGGUGCUUCGCCGAGUGGGCGGCGCGGUACGGGCCCAUCAUGACGGUCUGGUUCGGCUCGACGCCGAUGGUGGUGGUGUCCACGCCGGAGCUGGCGCAGGAGGUGCUCAGGACCCACGACCAGCACCUGGCCGACCGCUCCCGGAACCGCUCCUCCGAGCGCUUCAGCCGCGGCGGCAUGGACCUCAUCUGGGCCGACUACGGCCCGCACUACAUCAAGGUGCGCAAGCUCUGUAACCUCGAGCUCUUCACGCCCCGCCGCCUCGAGGCGCUCCGCCCCGUCCGCGAGGACGAGGUCACCGCCAUGGUCGAGUCCGUGCACGCGGCCGGCAAGGGAGGCAGGCCCGUGGCGGUGCGGGAGUUCCUCGCUAUGGUCGGCUUCAACAACAUCACGCGGCUCGCCUUCGGGAAGCGGUUCCUGACCGCGGCCGGCGAGCUGGACGAGCAAGGGCGCGAGUUCAAGGAGAUCGUCAACAACGGCAUCAAGAUCGGCGCGUCGCUGUCCAUCGCCGAGCACAUCCGGUGGCUCCGGUGGCUCACGCCCGUCGACGAGGUGGCCUAUCAAGCCCACGGCGACCGGCGCGAUCGGCUCACCGUCAAGAUCAUGGAGGAGCACGCCAGCGCCCUCGAGCGGAGCGGCGCCAGCAAGCAGCAUUUCGUCGACGCGCUCUUCACGCUCCGGGACAAGUACGACCUCAGCGACGACACCGUCAUUGGCCUCCUCUGGGACAUGAUCACCGCCGGCACGGACACGACGGUGAUAACCGUGGAGUGGGCGGUAGCGGAGCUGGUGAGGAACCCGACGGUGCAGCACAAGGUGCAGGAGGAGCUGGACCGGGUGGUCGGCCGCGACCGGGUGCUGUCGGAGACGGACUUCCCCAACCUGCCCUACCUGCAGGCCAUCGUCAAGGAGUCGCUCCGGCUGCACCCGCCGACGCCGCUGAUGCUGCCGCACAGGGCCAGCGCCGCCGUGAAGGUCGCCGGCUACGACAUCCCCAAGGGAGCCAGCGUCACGGUGAACGUGUGGGCGAUCGCGCGCGACCCGGAGGCGUGGGACAGCCCGCUCGAGUUCCGGCCCGAGCGCUUCCUCCACGACAACAUCGACAUCAAGGGGUGCGACUACCGCGUGCUGCCGUUCGGCGCCGGCCGCCGGGUGUGCCCCGGCGCGCAGCUCGGGAUCAACCUCGUGGCGUCCAUGAUCGGCCACCUCCUGCACCACUUCACCUGGGCGCUGCCGGACGGGACCCGGCCGGAGGACAUCGACAUGAUGGAGUCCCCCGGGCUCAUCACCUUCAUGCGCACGCCGCUGCAGGUCGUCGCCACGCCGCGCCUCGAAAAGGAGGAGCUCUACAAGCGGGUGGCCGCCGAGAUGUGAGCGACCUGGGACUCCUGGUGGUUCAGAGUUCAUGCUUCAAAUUAAGUGUUGACGUGUCUUUUUUCGAGUUCUUCGUAGCUACUAUCGGUACCUAUGCAUUUAUUUUGUUGUUAAUCCAUGAAUAUACUCGUGGUACAAUAUGAUUUCUUUUUUGCGAUAGAA